CGGGGCAGGCAUGGGAGUCGCACGCGCCCUCCCGGCGCCCACACCUGUUGGAGCGGCGCAGUGAGCCGCGGCCCCGGCGGGCUGCUCGGCGCGGAGUGGUACGCAGCAUGGCGGGGAUCCCAGGGCUGCUCCUCCUCCUCCUCAUCUGUGCUGUCGGGCAGGUGAGCCCCUAUGGUGCCCACUGGAAACCCACCUGGCCCGCUUACCGCCUCCCCGUGGUCUUGCCCCAGUCCACCCUCAACCUAGGCAAGCCAGACUUUGGGGCCGAAGCCAAAUUGGAAGUGUCCUCCUCAUGCGGACCCCAGUGUCAUAAGGGAAUGCCACUGCCCACUUACGAAGAGGCCAAGCAGUACUUGUCUUAUGAAACGCUUUAUGCCAAUGGCAGCCGCACGGAGACACAAGUGGGCAUUUAUGUCCUCAGCAGGGGUGGGGGACAAGAGUCUUCGGGAAAGUCUCGGAGGAAGCGGCAGAUUUAUGGCUAUGACAGCAGAUUCAGCAUUUUUGGGAAGGACUUCUUGCUCAACUACCCCUUCUCAACAUCAGUGAAGUUAUCUACUGGCUGCACGGGUACCCUCGUGGCAGAGAAGCAUGUCCUCACAGCUGCCCAUUGCAUCCAUGAUGGGAAAACCUAUGUGAAGGGAACCCAGAAACUUCGAGUGGGCUUCCUGAAGCCCAAGUUUAAAGAUGGCGGUCGAGGGGCCAACAGCUCAAGCUCUGCGGUGCCGGAGAAGAUGAAGUUUCAGUGGAUCCGGGUGAAGCGCACCCACGUGCCCAAGGGUUGGAUCAAAGGCAAUGCCAACGACAUUGGUAUGGAUUAUGACUAUGCCCUCCUAGAACUCAAAAAACCCCACAAGAGAAAGUUCAUGAAGAUUGGGGUGAGCCCUCCUGCCAAGCAGCUGCCAGGGGGCAGAAUCCACUUUUCUGGUUAUGACAAUGAUCGGCCAGGCAACUUGGUGUACCGCUUCUGUGACGUCAAAGAGGAGACCUAUGACCUGCUGUACCAACAGUGUGACGCCCAGCCCGGGGCCAGCGGCUCCGGGGUCUACGUGAGGAUGUGGAAGAGGCAGCAGCGGAAGUGGGAGCGGAAAAUUAUUGGCAUUUUUUCAGGGCACCAGUGGGUCGACAUGAAUGGUUCUCCACAGGAUUUCAACGUGGCCGUUAGAAUCACCCCUCUCAAAUAUGCCCAGAUCUGCUAUUGGAUUAAAGGAAACUACCUGGACUGUAGGGAGGGGUGACACAGUCUUCCUUUCUGGCGGCACCUGGUGGUGUUCGUGUACUUAUUUUAGAAGAGGCCAAAUAUUGUCAUUGGGGUGUGUGUGUGUGUGAGAUGAUAUCUUUUACCUAAUUUUUUAAAACUGCAAGAUGCCUGGCUUUAUUAUUUGAAAACUGGUUUGUGUAUCAUAUAUCAUUUAAGGACUUUAAAGGCAUACUUUUGCAUAGAAAUCAAAAAAACACCAUACUGAUGUUUGGGAUGAUAGGGAAUAUUUAGCAAGUUAAUCUUUCACUUUUUGAGAACUUUGACUUUUAUUUCAUCUGAACUUGUUUCAAAGGUUUAUAUUAAAUAUGUGGCAUAUGGGAGAUAUAAAUUCUUAUGUGUGUAUAUAUGUGUAUUUUCUCCUGAGAUUCAUCUUGGGGUUUUUUUGUUGUUGUUGUUG